AGCUGUGGCGAUCAACUUAUUAUUAAUUUAAUUGUCAUUGUAAUCAAUAAAUAAAAGCGAAACAAACAGUUGAACGUUAAACCAACAAAUUUUAUAAGAAAUAAAAGCGAUUUGAUUAAAAGUGUGUCUGUUAAUUUGGUUUAAAUUAGGGAAUUAUUAAAAAUUAAUUUUGUGAUAUCAAUUAAAUUAAAUUUUUAUAAAUAAAUUUAAUUAAUCCCACUUUCCCUUUAAAUGAUUAUGAAGUUAAUCGAAUAUUUGUAAAAAUAACUGUAACUCCUGAAGAAUAAAAAUUUACUAUGAAUAGAACUCGGAAAAAAAUUACUCGUCCGCAAAAUCCCUACUCAACUGCAAAUUUUUUCUCACGCUGGAGUUUUUGGUGGAUGAAUGCCCUUUUCCGAAGAGGUCUAAAAGGUCCAUUGCUAGACGAAGAUUUAUAUCAGCAUUGUAAUGACUUGGACAGUGAACGCUGCACAGAUACAUUUAGUAAAUUAUGGGAUGAGGAAAGGAGACGCGAUAAACCAAGCAUCUUACGUAUGAUAAUGGCGGCCCACGGAAAAACUUUCAUACCUUUAGGAAUAUUAUACUCAAUGUGUGAGUCUUUAAGCAAAUGCUUACAGCCGCUCUUUUUGGGAGGUUUCGUUGGUUAUUUCGUUAGCGGCCAAGAAACAAUUAGUGAACAAGACGUUUAUCUGCUGGCGAUUGGCAUCGUAUUGUGUUCGGCAGUACCUGUAUUAACAUUUCAUCCCUUCAUAUUUUAUAUUUUUCAAGUUGGUACAAAAAUACGUUUAGCUCUCUCAGGAUUAAUUUAUCGCAAAUGCCUGCGUAUGUCGAGAAACACAAGUAAUGACGGCUUGCGGGGUCGUGCCAUUAACCUAUUGUCAAACGAUUUAGGUCGCUUCGAUAUUGCUUUAGGUUUUCUACACGAUAUCUGGAAAGGACCGACGGAAUCUUUAAUAAUCGGUUAUUUAAUGUUUCAAGAGAUCGGGAUAUCGGCCGUGAUAGGUGUUACGUUCAUGCUUAGUUUUAUACCAUUGCAAGCGUGGGCAGCAAAAAAAGCCGCCUAUUAUCGGCAGAAAACUGCCGAACGAACGGACUUGCGAGUUAAACUAAUGAACGAAAUUAUUCAAGGCAUUCAAGUAAUCAAAAUGUACGCCUGGGAAAAGUCUUUCGCUAAGGUGAUAGCAGAUGUACGAAUGAAAGAAGUUCAGGCCAUACGUGGAACUUCGUUUAUUUAUGCGGCUUUGGCUUGCACUUCAAUGAUUUCUCCAUUGUCGAUAUUUUUGGCUUUGGUAUCAUACAUCUAUUUGGGGGAUGCUUUAACAGCUAAACGAGUUUAUACUGUGUCAUCUUAUUUUAGCAUGCUUAACGAUUCAAUGGUGCACUUUUGGCCACUCUCGAUAACAUUUAUAGCUGAAGCUUGCGUUUCAGCUAAGCGUUGCGCACAAUUUCUGUUAGAUGGCGAACAAGAACCAAUCGACGAUAAAAAGAAGAAUGGCAUCAAGAAUAAACAUUUAAAGAACAAAAGAAAUCAGCAUAAAGAUAUAAAACCUAUAAAAAAGCCUAAAGAAAAUAAUAGUGACAUUAAUUUCCUGGUCGAGCCGGUAUUUACAAGUCCGGCAAGCGUUAGACGUCAGCAGAACAUAAAUGCAUCGAAUAAAAGCGUUAUAUUACGAAAUGUCACAGCAACAUGGGAAUCGGAAUCUGACGUUGCAAGUACUCAGAGAGCGAUGGCUAUCAACGAUUUUAACAUUACAAUUAAGGAUAAGACACUAGCUGCUGUGGUGGGAUCAGUAGGUGCUGGUAAAUCUACUUUGUUAAAUGUCUUGUUGGGCGAAAUUAAUGCAGAUUCUGGUGAAGUGUUGGUAAACGGUAAAAUAUCCUAUUGCUCCCAAGAGCCAUGGGUAUUUGAAGGCACUAUUCGCGAUAACGUGGUCUUCGUAGAGGAGUUCAACGACAGACGUUAUCGGCGUGUUUUGAGAGCGUGCGACUUGGAGCGAGACCUUGAGCUACUACCGCGGGGGGACCUAACUGUAGUAGGCGAACGAGGAGUUAGUUUAAGCGGCGGACAAAAGGCACGCAUUAAUCUGGCCAGAGCUAUAUAUCGCAAAGCUGAUAUUUAUCUUCUGGAUGAUCCGCUGUCGGCGGUAGAUUCGCAAGUGGGAAGGCAUAUAUUUCAGAGCUGUAUUAACAAUUUUCUGGCGGGCAAAAUUCGUAUAUUAGUUACUCAUCAAUUGCAGUACUUAAACAAUAUUGAGCACCUCAUUUUAAUAGCUGCCGGUAGCGUUAUUGCUCAGGGAAGUUACCAGGAGUUGCAAAAGUCGAAUCAAUUUCAAUUUUUGGCUCAAACGAUUGACGAAAGUGGUUUUGAUAAAGUAAUUAAAGAUGAAUUGAGUAGCCUCAGCCAGAUGUCACGUAGCGACUCGGAAAGGAGCUUAGAACACAAUCAUUUACUGCAUCCAGGGGAGAAAUCGGUGGAAGACUUAAACAAAGAAAGCCAAGCAGUGGGUGCAGUGAAGUUGGAUGUAUAUCUAUCUUACUUUCGCGCUUUGGAAAAUAUGUUCGUUCUUCUUCUUAUAGUCGCCCUCUUCAUAUGCGCCCGCGUUAUGUUGACGGGGGUGGAUUACUUUUUGUCUAGAUGGGUUAUUUGGGAAGAAAAUGUAGGAAUCGCAGUCACAAAUACUUCAACAAAUUUUACUAACUACGAUGCACAUAAUAUAACUGAGAGCUAUAAUAGUUAUGACGGAGAAGUAGCGAUAGAACGUCAACAACGUAUCGUGAUAUAUUCGUCGUUAUUAGGAAGCACUUUGAUUGUGUAUUUGGUGAGAACGUUUGGCUUUUUUUCUAUGUGCCUUAGAAUUUCUUUGAAGCUACAUGAUCGCCUCUUUCGUGGCAUUACAAGCACCAGUAUGUUAUUCUUUAACACUACUUCAUCGGGACGAAUUCUAAAUCGUUUCUCCAAAGAUAUACGCACCGUGGACGCCGAUCUACCUCAUACAUUGAUAGAUUGUCUGUCAUUUUUCAUUGACGUCACGGGUGUUCUAAUCACCGUAGCUAUUGCCAAUUACUGGCUGUUAAUUCCAGCGAUUGUUAUAGUUUUAUGCUUAAUGGUGGUGCGCUAUCUUUAUGUGUGUACUAGUCGUAGUGUUAAACGCUUGGAGUCAAUUUCACGUAGCCCCGUUUACUCGUUAACCAAUCAGACUUUUCAAGGCUUAACCACUAUAAGGGCUCUGGAAGCUGAGAAGGUUCUAGAGAACGAAUUUCAUGGGUAUCAAAAUUCGAAUACAUCAGCUUGGUUUUUAUUUCUCUCCAGCAACCGUGCUUUUGCAUUAUGGACUGACGUCAUUUCCGUUAUAUACAUUGGUUUAGUUACUCUAAGCUUCUUGGUAUUGCCAACAAAUUUCAACAGUGGCGAUGUGGGUUUGGCCAUUCUACAAUCGACAACGAUGAUUGGUAUGUGCCAGUGGGGAAUGCGUCAGACCGCUGACCUUGAAAAUCAAAUGACUAGUGUAGAGCGAAUCUGGGAGUACACUGAGCAGCCGCCUGAAACAUCAAGUAAAACGAUAAAAAUCUUAAAAGCGGAAAUGGGUUGGCCUAACGAAGGACGCAUAGACUUCUUAAAUUUUAAUUUGAAAUACAAUCCUGAUGACAUAUAUAUACUGAAGGAUCUGAAUUUCACUAUAGAGCCCAAUGAGAAAAUCGGUAUUGUUGGUCGAACCGGAGCUGGUAAAUCUUCUAUCAUACAGUCGCUGUUCCGUUUGGCCUACAAUGAAGGUACGAUUCUUAUCGAUGGUGUCGAUAUUGAGAUGUUAGAUCUGUACGAUUUGCGUAGCAAAAUUUCAAUAAUACCUCAGGAUCCGGUUUUAUUUUCGGGAACAUUGCGUUACAAUCUGGAUCCUUUAGAUCAACGCCAAGACGAAGAUAUGUGGAAAGCCCUUGAAGAUGUAGAAUUAAGAUCUUACGUCUCAACACUAAUCGGAGGUUUGGACUGCCGUAUAUAUGACGGUGGAGCCAACUUCAGUGUAGGCCAACGACAAUUGGUCUGUUUGGCUCGCGCUAUUCUCAGGCAAAAUAGAAUACUUAUACUUGAUGAAGCUACAGCCAAUGUGGAUCCAGAAACCGAUAAGCUUAUACAAAGGUCUAUACGUUCGAAGUUUGCCAAAUGUACGGUGCUUACAAUUGCGCAUCGCUUACACACAGUGAUGGACAGCGAUCGCGUUUUGGUUAUGGAUGCCGGCAAGGCAGUCGAAUUAGAUCAUCCCUUUGUAUUGCUGCAGCGAUCGAAUGGUUUUCUAUAUCAACUAGUUGAUCAGACAGGCAUAACCACUGCCACAGCACUAUUAAAAGAUGCCGAGAAAAAUUACAAAAAGAAACCGACCAGUAUCGCUUAACGCGCGAAACAACAAUUAAAAUGUGAUGUUUGAAUUAGCUCAACUAAUCGUAUUACCCGUUAUCGUUAUAAAAAUCUCUUUUCCCUUAUAUUUUUUUUUUUUUUUUUUUUUUUUUUUUUUGCCGUCGGAACGUAAAUCUCAUCUCAUCGUUCUCAACUAAUAUAAGAUAUAAGAAUAUGUAAUGAGUUUGAAAAUGAGCGCAUAAUCACUGCAUUAUUUUCCAAAAACUAAUUACAAGUUACCUAAAUGUGUUCUUGCGUACUUAUCGAAGCCUUUAUUACUUUAUUUACUUAGGUGAACGCAUCAAAAGACUUAGGUAGAAUGAAUUCAUCAUAAGACCUCAUAUAAAUACUUAAGUUGAUUAAAUAUUAUAAAACUUAAUUUUUUCAUAAGUAUUCUUAGCCAAAUUUAAAAAUAGUUGUACAAUCUCAAAGUGAUAUCCGUGAUAAGUAAAUAAUAGCCGAGUGAUAUUUAUUUAUACAUACAUACGUAAAUUUGUAUUGCAGUCGAUAUGACAUUACUAAUAAUAGUAUUCAAUAGUAAGCAAAAAGUGCCUAAAAUUAAGCAUCUAAAGCAAUAUUUUCGGAGAAACCAACAACUAAAUAAAAAUUAAAUAAAGAAAAUAUAUCCAUUCAUUAUAAAGAAUUGUAUGUAUAUAUAUAUGUAUAUAGUGUGUCUCUAGUAACAGAUGGAAGGUAUAAAAAUACAAUGUCAUCAAAUAUGCUGAGAAAAAGACUGCGGAAAUUUUUUACCUUCAACUAAAUACUCGCCAUUUGUACUACAAUCUCGAUAAUUGCUUACGCCUUCAACUCUUAUUAAGAACACUGGAAUGAAAACGAGAAUUGGUUUUCUUAAAAAGACGUAAGAAUCCCAAAAAAACAGUGGUAUAUGAACAAACAUAAAACUGCUUCAGGUAGGGAGUAUUCAUAAUAGGCGAGGAAGC